UUGAGUUAUGAUCAUUUACCAUCUGUUUUGAAAGAUUGUUUUGCUUUCUGUGCAAUUUUUCCUAAAGAUUAUGAAAUUGAUGUAGACACACUCGUAUCUAUGUGGAUGUCUUUGGGGUUUAUACAAUCAGAUGACGAUGAGGAGCAAUUGGGUUAUGGAUAUUUGAGGGAUUUAAUUCGAAGAUCGCUUUUACAAGAAACUAAGAAAGAUGAGUAUGGUAAGAUUAAGAAAUGCAAGGUGCCUAAUUCAAUGCAUAAAGUUGUGAGGCAAGUGACUCAGAAAACUUAUGCUACUCUAAGUUUGAAGGAGGAUCAACGUGGUCGUAGACAUGUAUCGUUUGAUUUUCAUUUGGAUUCAUCAUGGCAUGUUUCCAUCCCAUCAUCUGAGUUAAGAAAGAUUAGGAGUUUGAUUUUGCCUAGACAAUAUGUAAGGGCAAUUGAAGGAAGAUCAAGUCAAUCAAUUUGUGAUGUGAUUCCGAAAUUGAAGUGGAUUCGAAUGUUGGAUUUGCAUAAUUCUGGCAUCAAGAAAUUAACAAGUUCUAUUGGUGAGUUGAAGCUUUUGAGUUAUUUGGAUCUUUCUCACAAUGUCAAUAUCAAGAAAUUGCCAAAUUCUAUUUGUGGGCUAUAUUUGCUGGAGACUCUGAAACUCAACCGUUGCAGUAAUCUUCGGAAGCUGCCUAAAGGCAUUAUCGUGUUGUUCAAUCUUAGACAUCUUGAAAACAAGUCAUGUUAUCGUUUGACUCAGAUGCCAAGAGGACUAAGUGAACUAUCAAAUCUUCGAACAUUAUCAGAAUUCGGGCUGAGUAAGGAGCCUACUGAUUUUCCCUCAAAGCCAAAGGGCAAGCUCGACGAACUAAGUAGUCUAAACUACUUGAGAGGCGAGCUCAAAAUAAAAAAUUUGACAAAUCCAAAAGAUGAUAAGACAGCAGCAGCAAACUUGAAAGAGAAAAAAGAUCUUUUAUCUUUGAUUUUGAUUUGGGAUAUUGAUGCUUGUGCUAAUGAAGCUGAUUAUGAAGAGGCACUAGAAGAUCUUGAGCCACAUUCAAACCUGAAAGAGCUGUGUAUAUCUACUUAUGGUGGUAGCAAGUUUUCGAGCUGGCUUCCAUUGCUUAAGAAUCUUGUGAAAUUAUCAUUAUCGAGAUGCAACAGAUGCCAUUGCCUACCGCGGCUGGAUAAGUUGAUUAAUCUUCAAGUAUUGGUAGUAGAUGAGUUGAUAGAGCUUGAAUAUGUUGUGGAAAAGGCAUCAAAGAACCGAUGGAGAACAUGGUUUUCAUCAUUGAAAGAGCUGAGACUUAGUAAUUUGCCAAAGCUAAAGGGGUGGUGGAAAGAUGCUUCAAAAAAUGCUACAUUUAGUUGUGUUUCUAAAUUGGUGGUUGAGGAUUGCCCCUUUCUCACUUCCAUGCCUUUGUUUCCAUGGCUAGAAGAACUACUAGUGCUCAAAAACACAAGUUGGGAGCCAUUCAAACGGACUAUGGCAUUGCCAGCAACACCAACACAAGAAGCCUCAUCAUCAUCAUCAUCAUCAUCAUCAUCAAGUUCUCCUCUCUCCAAAUUGAGAGAACUACAUAUCAUGGAUAUGUCCAAUUGUGAUCCAAAUAUGUGGCAGUCCCUUCACAGCCUCCGUUCUGUGACAUUGGAUCAUGUUGCUGACAUAAAUGUUCAUCUUCAAAAACUUCAAGAACUGACUAAUCUGCAGGGACUCCACAUACGGCGGUGUGAUAGUUUAAAGGAAAUUCCAAGGUGGAUCAGCAACUCUGAUUCGCUUAGGACAGUUUCAAUCAAGCUAUGCCCCAACUUGACAAUACCGCGGGAGAGACUUAGCCUCAUUUCCACUUCAAAAAAGGUGGAGAUUGAGGAUUGUCCUCGAGUUUCUCACAUCGAAACCAUGCUUAAAGAUCCUCUGUACACUCAAUAAUUGAAGCUCCUCUGGUGUAUCAGGAAGAAUUGUGUUGCUGUGUUGGGUGGUUGAUGUUGUUGCUUCUCAGGCUUGUUAAUUUUUCCGGUCUCUCCAAGUUGGUGGUUUCGUUCCUUGUGAUUUGGUUGUGUUGUUGAGUUUGUAAAUGUCAUUGGUAUUGUUUGGUUUGUGUUUUUAUUUCUGAUGUUAUGAUUUCAUAGUUUGAUGAAUGAAAGUAUUAAGUGUGGGAUACUGCUUUAGUUUGGGGUUUUUUCAGCAUAUGAUUAUCUUAUGAUGCUUUUUCCCCUUAUAAGUAAGUCCACCCUUUUAUUACAUAA